AUGAUGUCGAUCACAUAUUCAUUUGAUGGUCUACUGGUUGUCGCAUUGUUGUUGAUUUGUACUUGCGCUUAUUUGAAACGUGUACCGAGAGUAAGUUCGUGGCUAUUGAGUGAAAAGAAAGGAUUCUUUGGUGUCUUUUAUAAGGCAUCCGUAGUUGGUGUUCGUCUACAUUCAACGGUUUCGGCUUGUUGUGUCGCUGCAGCGCUCUAUAUCCUAUUCGUUAGAUACAUGGAAUUUGCAAAUUAUAUUUGUAAACAAUUUCAAGUUGCACAGAAAAGUGAAGUUCUUAAAUCGCCCGGCGAUCUUGUAACGUUGCCUAAAGGCACGAAGCAAAAGGUAACGUUGCCUAAAGGCACGAAGAAAAAGGUUAAAAAAACUCCACCAAAAGGCCCCAAAAGAGGACGGCAUGUAUUUAUUCAACCAAAGAAUAAGAAUUUCGUCGAACAGGCUAAAGUGAGUGCAGAGGUAACAAAAACGAUCAAUGAAAAAAAUGAAGAAAUGGUCAAGGAUCGAGCAGAUCGUGAUGUGGGUCGUUUGAGCAAUGCGGCGAAGAAAGCAGCUGAGAAGAAUUGA